GGUCUUAUGUUGUACUUCACUCGUGUCGGCUGAUUCGUCCUGACGUGACGUUUUUUAUUCAUCUUUGAAAUGGAUCAAUUUGAACCAACGGAGCACCAGCACGUACGUUAUAAUCCACUGAAAGACGAAUGGAUCCUAGUAUCGCCUCACCGGUGCAAGCGACCUUGGAGCGGACAAACAGAACAGGCGACUGAGGAACCGCCACCAGUUAUGAACAAUCCCUUACGAGCUGGUGCUUUCAGAUCUAAUGGACAGCGUAAUCCAAACUACACGUCGACUUAUGUGUUCCCAAAUGACUUCCCCGCGCUACUUCCGAAGGUUCCAGAACCACCGCCACCGGAACAUCCCUUAUUCCAAGCGGGACCUGCUAAGGGAACAUGCAGAGUGAUGUGUUUCCAUCCAGACUCUACCAUGACAUUACCACUUAUGUCUCUAGAGGAAAUACUGGCUGUUAUAGAGGAAUGGAUAUCACAAGUGACGGAGCUGGGUCGUCGCUACACAUGGGUUCAGGUGUUUGAGAACAAGGGUGCGGUUAUGGGUUGCUCCAAUCCUCAUCCACACUGCCAGAUCUGGGCUUCCAGUUUUCUACCCAAUGAACCAAGGGUUAAGGAUAGAUGUCAAUUGGAAUAUUAUAAAAAAUAUGGAAAGUCAAUGUUAGUGGAAUACGUCGAGAAGGAAUUGGAACAAAAGGAACGUAUUGUGAUACAAAAUUCGGAAUGGAUAGCACUAGUACCAUACUGGGCGGCUUGGCCUUACGAAACUAUGGUAUUACCACUGAAGAAUAGCCCGCAGAGGAUGACAGACUUGAAUACAGAACAGAAGAGAGGAUUAGCUGAUAUCAUGAAGCAACUGACUACAAAAUACGAUAAUCUGUUUCAAUGCAACUUUCCUUAUAGUAUGGGAUGGCAUGGCGCACCCACAGGACCAUCUUCAACCCCUGGAGACUCACCACAUUGGUUACUGCAUGCUCUCUACCUACCUCCUUUAUUGCGUUCCGCUAGCGUGAAGAAGUUCAUGGUGGGCUAUGAAAUGUUGGCUCAGCCUCAGAGAGAUCUAACACCGGAACAAGCAGCGGCUAAAUUGAGAGAAUGUAGUAACUUGCAUUAUAAGAAUAAAAAAAAUUAAAACAUUUUCGGUUGUUU